CAUGGAGGCGGAGUCCCAGCAUACAGCCCCUGUGACUGAGUCCCGCCUAGUUUCCGUGUCAGAUUGAGGAGCUGGGGGUGGGGGGGGGUUACCGUGUCUUCCCCUGUGCUGUGCGUGCCGGAGGGAGGCCAGGUGUGUCGGUCGGGAAGAUGUCGGCUCUCGCGGCCUGGUUCUGGAACGAGCGCUUCUGGCUGCCGCAGAACGUCACCUGGGCGGACCUAGCGGACAGCGAGUCCGGGGAGCAGUACCCGCGGGCCGGUCACAUCCUCUCCGCCUUCCCCAUAGCGCUGGGGAUCUUCGCCGUCCGCCUACUCUUCGAAAGAUUUAUUGCAAAGCCAUGUGCACUUCAAAUGGGUAUUCAAGACUUCGGCCCGCGCAGAGCACAGCCAAACGCCAUCCUAGAAAAAGUGUUUAUGUCUAUUACAAAGUGUCCCGAUGGGAAACGGCUGGAAGGAUUGUCCAAACAGUUAGACUGGGAUGCUCGCAAAAUACAGAGAUGGUUCAGGCACAGGCGGAAUCAGGAUAAACCAAGUACACUAACAAAGUUUUGUGAGAGCAUGUGGAGGUUUACUUUUUACCUGUAUAUCUUUUCCUAUGGAGUACGGUUUCUUUGGUCGACUCCCUGGUUUUGGGAUACACGACAGUGUUGGUACAACUAUCCUUAUCAGCCGCUCACUUCGGGGGUAUACUACUAUUAUAUUACAGAACUGGCCUUUUAUUGGUCCCUGAUGUUCUCGCAGUUUACAGAUAUCAAACGCAAGGAUUUUCUAAUAAUGUUUAUUCACCAUUUGGCCACAGUUGGCCUCAUGUCCUUUUCUUAUGUCAAUAAUAUGGUGCGUGUUGGUACACUGGUCAUGUGCCUGCAUGAUGCCUCGGAUUUCUUGUUAGAGGCUGCAAAACUGACAAAUUAUGCAAAGUACCAGCGGCUGUGCGAUGCAUUCUUCAUGUUCUUUGCAAUGGUGUUUGUUACCACACGGCUUGUCAUUUAUCCAUUAUGGAUCUUAAACACAACGUUGCUUGAGAGCUGGGAACUUAUAGGACCAUAUCCCUCGUGGUGGCUGUUCAAUGGUCUUCUGCUGGUUUUGCAAGUUCUUCAUGUUAUCUGGUCUUACCUCAUCAUCCGUAUUGCAUACAAGGCCAUAAUGCGGGGCAAGGUUGGAACUGGAAAAUAUCACCCUUUGCCUGUAUUGAAAGACGAUCGAAGUGAUGUAGAAAGCAGUUCAGAAGACGAAGAUGCUGCAUUAAAUGGCACUAAAGCAAUCCACAACAUGUCCAGCAAUGGAGCAAACCGGGUGAAUGGCCAUGCAGCAAGUGGCCAGUGGGUGGAAGAAUGAGUCUAUAGAUGAACCUCCAGGAGAUGAGCGAAUGUGUCCUCACAAAACCAGUCCUGAACUCUUUUUAGACCCAGACACCCCUGGAGGGUGAAGCACUUGGUUAUGUUGCAUUGGGUGAACGUGAGAUUUUAUCCCAGUCUGUACUUGAUUUUUUGCUCCUCUGAGUCUGGAUUAAGAUUCUGUUCCGGGUCAGAACCAAAUGUCUUUCCGAUGCCAUCUGCCCUCCGUGCACGCACUGCAGACUUGACCUUUCUGAUAAACCUGCACAUCGCAAUAGACUGUGCAUCAACAAUCCUUCACAUGGCUCACCCAUUCUGCAAAAAUGACUGCUGUGUGCUAUAGCAGAGGCAGGGAGAUUGAGAUAGAUACUAGCAGAGUCUGGUAACCAUGCAAUGUUUGUUGUUGCUAGCAGCUCACCGGGCCAUCAUCAGAUCUUUGUGUUCAGUGUGAAUGAAGAAAGUCAAUCCAGAAACAGGCCCGGAUGUUCUCCCACUUUUGUUCCAGGUACAAUGACUGGGAGCCCAUACACGAGUCAUUUGGAAAAUCUGAUCAGAUGUGUGCGCCUUUAUGUAAUAUUUUAUAUAAUUGUUUACUUCAGUCUGUGAAAAAAAAAUAUAAUUAAAA